AUGUUGGACCUCGCCAUAAUCGGCGCCGGCUUCUCCGGUCUCCAAGCAGCAGUCACCGCCCAAAAAGCUGGUCUUUCCAUCGCAAUCGUCGAAGCUCGCGACCGUGUCGGUGGUAAAUCCUGGACUGUUCCUCUCAAAAAUACAAAUGGAAAAGCAGAUCUUGGCGCAGCUUGGGUAAACGAUGAACUGCAGCCCCUAGUAUGGUCAUAUAUCCAACAAUUUGGCCUUGAGGAUCAGAUCGUAAAGCAAAGGCUUGGCCAUAAAGCUGUGAUGGUCAGUGAAGAUGGGGAGAGGAUCGAGUUUCCUUUUGGGAUUACACCUGAUUUUACGCCCGAGGAAAAGAAGAAUCUUGAGAUGGUUAGGGAUCAUAUUCAAGCUGAAUCUUUGAAGCCGAAUGGAUUCCGAAAUGAAGAUGAUCAAAUCAGUUUGGAUCAAUAUGUUCGGAACCUCGGUGGUGGCCCAAAAACUCUGGAGAUGAUAAAUCUCUGGGUUCGAGUUAUGCACGGUCUUGAAUCAACCGAGGAAUCAGCAGCUUGGUUCAUCGAGUACUGCCGUACAAACCAUGGUCUUCUGGCUAUUCGGGCAGAUGAUCGCACCGGGGGUAACUACAUGCGUCUCAAAUCAGGUACACAGUCCAUCGCCAAAGGAAUCGCUGACCUCAUCGGCCAUGAGAACAUCCACCUCUCAAACCCCGUUUUCUCAAUCGAGCAAACCAAUUCAGGUGUCAUUGUGAGAACCACGACUGGAAAGGUCAUCAAGGCCAAGAAACUCAUCAUCUCGAUGCCUUCAGCUAUGCUCAAAGAACUCACCUUCUCACCCCCUUUACCUGACCGAGCACAGGAGGUCUACAACAACACCAAACUAGGUCAUUACAACAAAGCUAUUGUGUUUUACACCAAGGCUUGGUGGCGCGAUGGUGGCUUCAACGGCUUUUUCAUGGACUUUCGUGGACCAGCCUGCGUUGUACGUGAUACCUCUUUCGACGACGAAGGGGUCUACGGGUUCACCUGUUUCGUCAACGGUAAACCCGGUGAAGAAUGGAGCAAAAAGUCCCCUGAGACUCGACGAAAAGUUAUCCUUGAUCAACUUGCGCACGCUUUCGGUUCGUUGGAAGCUCACAACCCGCUUGAGUUUGUGGAACAGAUCUGGCAGGAUGAGGAAUUUAGUCGCGGUGCCCUUGCACCUGUUACCAAGAUCGGUCAUCUUGCAAAGUAUAGGGAUGUUUAUGGUAAGCCGGUAGGAAAUAUCCAUUUUGUGGGAACGGAGUAUGCGACGCAUUGGAAGGGAUAUCUUGAGGGUGCUUUGACAUCGGGACAUGCUGGGGCGAAGGAGGUUAUUGAGACGCUGAAGGAUCAACCUUGGCAGGCAAAGCUCUAA